AUGGAGUUUGCCAACUCCCCACAGCCUUCGCUCUCUACUCCCGCGACGUCAAUUUCGUCAUCAGACGAGCAGGUCCCGGUGGUCAAGUUCACCACAAUAAAGGAGCUUUUCCAAGUGAUCGACAAGACCCGUAGCGAUGUUUUAAUCGCUUCAGACAUAUCCCCGAAGGACGUAGAUGAAAUUCAUUCUGCAAGGGAUAAAGCCGGCCGGGGAUUUCGGCUCUCCUACAUCUCGCCCUUGACGGAAAAAAUGCUUAUCACUAUCCCAAGCCGUCCGCAUGAGGCUGCCCAUGAAAAUAUUCAUAAAUUUAUCAUGUUCCGUAUCUACGGUAUGGGUCUUGAUGAUCGGUGGUCGACGGAAGGCGCCACUCGUUACAAGUCUAGCGAAAUUCAAGGCAGUGGAAGUGAACCAGACAAGGCUGGAAAACCAAUCCCAGAACGCCCUGAGGACGGCUGGCCUACCCUCGUCAUUGAGGCUGGGUACUCCCAGUCUAUGGCGAGCCUGAGGGCAACAAUGGAAUGGUGGUUUAGAGCCUCCAAUCACGAGGUCAAGAUUGUUCUCCUCAUCAAAGUCAACCAGAUUCAGCAAUCCCUUGUGAUCGAAAGAUGGGAAGAGGUACAUCCUACGGCUCGUCUAGGUGCAACAACUACACGAUCCGUCUCACCCUUACGGCCAGACUGCCGACAAGAGAUUACUAUCACCAAGGAUACGAGCAGCAAUCCGGCCACAUAUCAAGUCAAUAGCACUGAUUUGGUACUACCGUUUCGCUUACUUUUUCUCCGCGAACCGGGUCCCCAGGAGGGGGAUAUCGUAGUAACGACUGCGGAGCUUCAGAGGUGUGCGGCGAAGGUCUGGUAUCGUAGGGGUCAAGCUUAG